GAGAUUGGGAGAGUGAAGAGUGGAGAAGCUGAUUUCUUUAGGCCAACACGGGUUAUCAGCUUAUGUCCGACGCUGUACCGAGAGGGCGCAGAUGGCCUAAAUAGCGCGAAUAGCGUCAUGGUACCUACCUACUCUCAGCAUGAGUAUGUUGCUGUCAUUUUUUACACACUACCGUCAAUAAAAUGGAAAUAAAAGGAUGUCGUCCUCCAAUCCAACGACAUACGCCCCUAAUCCAUCCAAAUUUCACAAUCCAUCAUGACCGAAUUUCGCCGACCAAUAUACUUCAACCCAAGCGCCCGUUCGUGGGCGGUUCCUCGGUCUACUUCCAGUGACUUAGCUGCGAGGUUUCAUCGACAGUUACCGAAUUAUCAGCCAACAAAGCUAUUUAAAUUAGAUGAUGCAGCCAAAGAAAUUGGAGUUCGAAAUAUCUUUCUAAAAGAUGAAAGCAGCCGACUUGGUCUGACAUCAUUCAAAAUCCUGGGUGCUUCAUGGGGCACUUUUCGGGCGAUUGCCCGCGAGCUCGGUUUGACCCUAGAAGUAGACCUUGAAACGAUGAAACAUGCUCUGGCUCAAAAGCCGCUCACAUUAUAUGCUGCAACCGAUGGAAACCAUGGUCGAGCAGUAGCUCGCAUGGGAGCCAUUUUAUCCCUCCCCGUCGAAAUUCACGUUCCUGCAAAUCUGGACAUCGCCACAAUAGAGUUAAUUCGAACUGAAGGAGCAAAUAUUCUGGUAUCAGAGGGCAAUUAUGACACCGCUAUUAGGGACGCAGAAACUGCUACUAGAUCAAAAGGGGGGCUUCUGAUUCAAGAUUUCUCCUUCGAAGGUUAUGAAGAGAUCCCCCAGUGGAUUAUCGACGGAUACGGAACCAUGCUUCAAGAAAUCGAUGAAGAGCUCCGAGAUACUCACGUAGACCUCGUGGUAGUCCCAGUCGGAGUUGGCUCCUUUGCGCAUGCCGUCGUCUCUCACUACAAAAGCAAAGAGGACCUACCCGCAAUUCUUACGGUAGAGCCCGACACGGCAGCUUGUCUCUGGAAAAGUUUCAGGAGAGGGAAGAUACAACCAGAGCAAACGGCAUACACUACUCUAGCGGGUUUGGAUUGCGGGACUGUAUCAUCCAUCUCUUGGCCCCUCCUUCAAUCUGGUGUAGAUGCCAGCUUAACUGUCUCGGACUAUGAAGCUCACACAGCAUCUCUCUAUCUUAAGGAACAGGGGAUAUCAGCAGGUCCAUGCGGUGCUUCGACACUGGCAGCUCUCCGUCGACUCAGUGUCCCAGACAAGGCGAAAAUAGGGUUGGAUCACAAGUCGGUUAUCGUGCUACUCUCCACCGAGGGCGUCCGAGACUACAACAUCCCCCCAGACGUCUCGGUAGAUGAUCCCGUUGCUUUGACUCAGACUCUAGUCCAGAUAAACUCCGCGAAUCCCUCGCUAGGGUCGGUCCCAGGGCCGGGCGAAACGAACAUUGCCCGAUACAUAGCGGCAUGGUUAGAACACCGUGAUAUCGAGACCCACUGGAUAGAACCUACGAAAGGACGUCCAUCGAUAGUCGGAGUGGUUCGAGGUUCUGGCGGAGGGAAGAGUCUUAUGUUUAACGGGCAUAUCGACACGGUGACGACUAUCGGAUAUGAAGGCAACCCCCUCGGCGGAGAAAUCCACGAUGGAAAGCUAUAUGGUCGCGGAGCGGCAGACAUGAAAUGCGGAUUAGCCGCAGCACUCAUUGCCCUCGCCAAUACUAAAAAGCUUGGCCUUCGUGGUGAUGUCGUCUUCGCUGGCGUAGCGGACGAGGAGGCUGAAAGUAUCGGUACGGAGCAAGUACUACAAGCUGGUUGGAUAACCGACGCCGCAAUCGUAAGCGAGCCGUCAGGUCUCAACAUAGUCCAUGCACACAAGGGUUUCGUGUGGCUCGAAGUCGAUAUACACGGUCGCGCUGCGCACGGCUCCCUUCCAGAACUCGGUAUUGAUGCUAUCUCCAAAGCUGGCUACUUCUUAGUAGAGUUAGAUCGAUAUGCUCAACAACUGCGCGAGUCCACCAUUGAUUCUGGAGUUGGUCCACCUAGCGUCCACGUCUCGAUCAUAAAAGGGGGUGAAGAAGCAUCUUCCUACCCGGCCCUAUGCACUAUCGUCUUGGAGCGUCGCACUGUCCCUGGCGAAACUCCCGAUACAGUGAAGGCGGAAAUCCAAGCCUUACUCGAGAAGAUCUCAGACGAUGUUCAGGACUUCCAGUUUGAUCUAAGAGUCACCUUCAACCGAUCCCCGUUUUCGAUACCACGCGAUGACCCUUUCGUGUCUCUUGUAGGUGAUGUAGUUAAUCAGACACUUGGAACGUCACCUAUCUUCCGCAAGGACCCCUACUGGACAGAUUGUGCCCUACUUGCGGAUGCAGGAAUCUCACCAAUUCUUUGGGGGCCGGAUGGAGAAGGCCUCCAUGCGAAAGAAGAAUGGGUUGAUAUCAAUUCGAUAAGACUGGUCUCGAAAGGGUUGACAGAAGUUGCAUGCAAAUUCUGCCGUUAGAUUUAAUGAUAUCCACAGUUCCUAGUAUACAUGAAAUGAAAAUAGUACAUUCUCGAGAU